UUUCGAUCGGAUUCGCCGGGCGCGAACCAUAGACAGGGAAGGAAGGAACGAAGGAGGGGCCAUUUCCGGUCCUAUUCGCCGGCCACGAAUCAUAGACGGGGAAGGAAAGAAGAGGGAGGAGAAGGAAGCCGUUUCCGGUCGGUUUCUCUCUAUGGUCAUGAAGGCCUCUACAGGAGACCAGAAGCGGAGGCGGAUCCCGAGAGCCGUCAUGGCGGACGUUGGAUACUGAAAGGGGAAAAGCCGACCGUCGUUGAGGCGGGGACGUCGUGCCGGUGGACCGCUUUCCCCUCGCUUGGCGUGGCGCGCGACGCUGUUCUCCAGGAGCCCAGGACUACAAAGCUCAUCUCCCUCCCUCCUUAGUGGACCCAUAUGGCUGUGGAUGAUGGGAGACGAAUCCAUCGUCCUGGCGCGAUGAGCUUGGAUUAAAAACAGCAGCCACCAUGAACUCGAGUGUGUGGUCCUUAUUUUUGGAUGAAUAUCGUUAUUUCUCUCUUGCCUGCUAAGCUGAAAAUGCGCUGAGUUCUCAACAGAAAAGGAGAUCAGCCAUGGACGAGGUGAGCUUGGAAGCAGCCAUUCAAACCUACAAUGCUCAGUUGGAGCAGGUGGACAUGGCUCUGGGAGCCAGAUUGGACCCAACACAACAGGCCGAUCUAAUCCAGCUGCAGGCCGAUUUAAGGCAGCUGAUAGAACUGACCGAAGCCAGCCUCCUCUCUGUGAAAAAAAGCAAGCUUUGUUCAGUUUUGGACACCGAAACGUUUUCCACGCCCUCAUCCCUCCAUCCUCAGCAGAGCGGCGGGGAAGCAGCUGGCCGCCCGAACGCCGAUGACGAAUAUGCUGCUUUUAAGGAAGCCAUUGAAGAAAUAGGGGGAGAGGAUGGCCCACUAAGGACUCAGGAGGACAGAGACGGGAUGGGUGAUGAAGAAGAAGAACAGGAGGAGGAGGAGGAAGAAGAAGAAGAAGAAAUAGCCAGCGGGAUGAAAGUGAAAGCUCCUUACUACAGUUCCUGGGGAACCCUGGAGUAUCACAAUGCUAUGAUCGUAGGUAGUGAGCGCUUGGAAGAUGGAGGGCAGGGAGUUAGGGUGCUCUACCUCUACCCAACUCACAAGUCUCUGAAGCCUUGUCCCUUUUUCCUGGAUGACAAAUGUCGAUUUAAGGAGAAUUGUCGGUUUUCCCAUGGGCAAGUAGUAUCCAUUGAGGAGCUGCGCCCCUUCGAAGAGCCUGACCUCAGUUGUCUAGCUGUGGGAUCAGCCUGCCUGGGGAGGCACCAGGAUGGGAUCUGGUAUGCUGCUAAAAUCACAGACAUUGACAGCGGUUAUUACACAGUGAAGUUUGACUCGCUGCUCCUGAAGGAAGCGGUGGUGGAAGGGGAUGGCAUAAUCCCUCCGCUCCGGAGCGAGGAGACCUCUUCUUCCUCCUCUGAGUCCGAAGGCGAUGAAUUGGAUAGCUCUGCGUACGCUAAAGUCAUUGACGGCAGCAUUCCGGAGAAUGGAGAAGGCACAUCGACCUGUCUUUCAUCCUUUGGCAGCUGGGAAGCCCAUACGCGCGGCAUUGGCUCCAAACUUAUGGCCCAGAUGGGUUACGAGCUUGGUAAAGGCCUGGGCAAAAAUUCAGAGGGUCGGAUCGAGCCAGUAUUAGCCGUCGUGCUCCCCAAGGGGAAGUCGCUGGACCAAUGCGCGGAGAUCUUGCAGAAGAAGAAGGAGGGGAAGCUGGAUCCAUCCAAGCCCAGGAAACGGAGGGCGAAAGGGAAGACCGCGGCCCGACUCCGCCAGCAGAUCCCGAAACCCCGACGGAACGUGUUUGAUUUUCUAAAUGAGAAGCUGCAGAGCCAGGACUCUGGGGGGCAGCCGGGAGGGACGCUGCCUCCGCUGGAGAGGAGCAGCAAGGAGAUCUACCACGCCAGCAAGAGCACCAAGAAGGCGCUGAACGUCCGCCUCUUCCAAACCGUGGAACAAAUCGAGCAGACUCAGAGGGACAUCCGAGGGAUUCGCGAGGCCUUGGCGCGCAACGUCGGGCGGCACACCAUCGCCACCGCGAAGCUGGAAGAGAAGCUGUCGGGCGCCCACAAGAAACUGGGUGAGCUGCGGGCUUUGGAAGCGAGUCUCCAGCAGGAGCAGAAGAAAGCGGACACGCAUAAAAAAAUGACCGAGUUCUAGGUUUUUCUCCGUGUCACACAAAAAAAAGGAUAUUUCAGUUUCAAGAUGGCUGCCGAGGAGCUGCUGCAGUGGAAAGCAAUUCCUUUCUUCCGGCUUUCGUUUCCUCCCGUUGGACAAGCGGGCUGGAUUUGAACUGGGAGCUUCAGAGAAAUCUUCCUCCAAAAUAAUAGCCCCAGCAGAUUCAGAACUGGCCUGAUUCAGGAUGGUUUUCGGUUAGGACAGCUUUACAACCUGUGGACUUCAACUCCCAGAAUUCCUGAGCCAGCGUUGCUGAAGUUGAAGUCCACGGGGUCCUAGAGUUGCCUAUUCCUAUGUUAUAUUCUGCCUAUCUCUUUGAUACUUGGUUUCUCCAGGAUUUCUCUAUGGUUGCUUGGGGACAGAUGGCCUCUUUCCCCCCGAUUUUCACAGACAGGAGCACUACUAUGGAGAACGGAGAAAAAAUAAAAUGAGAAAAACCCUC